AUGUUUUCGACUUCCAUCCUUCUCCCAGCAUUGCUGUGCUUGACUCAAAAAGUCAGCAGCCACCCAGCAUGCCGUCCAGAGAUGAACAACAAGGCAGCCGCAAUGGCCAAGGCCGUCUAUAUCCUCACAAACGAUGAGACAAAUGGCGUUCUCGCACUCCCAGUGGGCAACGACGGCACACUUUCCAAGGGUCAAGUUGCAAAGACUGGUGGUGCAGGAUCCAUCGCUGUGGAUGCGGAUGGUAACCCUGCCACACCUGACGCGUUGGUCGCUCAAUCUGCACUGACAGUUGCUGGCAACAUGGUCUUCGCCGUCAACGCCGGAUCAAACACUCUCAGCAUGCUGACUGUCUCACGAAGCGACCCUACGAAGCUCGAAAUGGUUGGAAAGCCAAUCGAUGUACCCGGCGAAUUCCCCAACACCGUGGCUGCUUCCGCCAAGAGCAACAUCGUUUGUGUCGGUAUGACUGGCGCCAAAGCCGGUGUUUCCUGCGCCAGCUUCUCUAACAAGGGUCUUGGCGCCAUGGACGAGCUACGCCCAUUCGAUAUCAAGCAGACCACACCACCCAAGGGACCUACAAACACUGUUUCGCAAGUUCUGUUCUCCGACGAUGAUAGCAUGCUAUUCGCAAUGGUCAAGGGUGACCCAGCUGUGAACAAUACUGGUUUCAUGGCUUCAUUCAACGUUGAGCAAGCCAACGGGGCCAUGGCCGUCAGCAAGAACGAGGCCCGAAGCUCGCCUGAAGGAACAGCUGUGCUUUUCGGUUCACAAGUCAUUCCUGGUACUUCAAAGGUGUUUGCCACCGAUGCCUCAUUUGGCGCAGCCAUCCUCGAUGUCGACGCCAAAACAUGCGAAGCAACAACAGUAGCUACUGGUGCAGUCGAGGGCCAGGCGGCGACAUGCUGGGUGGCUAUCUCUCCCGUCACAAAGACUGCAUUUGUUACAGAUGUCGGACGCAACCGAGUUGUCGAGAUGAGUCUUGAGGAUGCCAGCGUUGUAUCUGAGCUUGACUUGACCUGCAACGGUGACCCAGGCCUGAUUGACUUGGCUGCCGCUGGUAACUUUAUCUACGCUCUGUCCCCUGGUAACGGCACCACUGAGGCUGCUGUAACUGUACUCGAUGUGUCUGGUGGAUCAGGCUCAGCAAAGAUGGUCCAACAUUUUGAGUUGAAGGGUAUGGCAGGAAAGACUGCCAUGGGAAUGAAGGUGAUGAUUUCAAGUAUCUACUCAAUCUGGAUUGUGACGAGCGCUAUGGCCAGCAAAGUCAGCUAUAUCAAGGUCCGCGCCAGCCAGGAUGAUCUUGCGCAGGCCAUUGGUAAUUCCUUUCCACACAGCAGAAUGUGCGACAGCUCUGCCGUGGCAAUCCGCAUCGGAAAGUUAGACGGCUGUAGUGACGCAAAUCGCGUCAUCGAGAUCAUACCCGGGGAACCCAAGCCUCUAUUGACAUGUUCCACGCCAUAUCGGCAGUCGUCGAGAAACAACGGUGGAGAUGAAAGUCUGGAAUUAGUGUACAUGGCGUCUGGUGGUGGGGACGCCACCAAGGACAUUGACACUGAAGCAGUUGUUAAAUGGAUCUACAAGCCAGGAUUAAGGUUCAGCUGA